AUGGCGUCUUCCGGCUCCGAUGUCUCUGACCGCGCCGCCGCCGCCACCACCGGUUCUCUGGGGUCCCUCUCCAACCCCCAGCUCGCUAACCUGCCGGCGGCGGAACUCGUGGUCCGCCUGUACAACAAUCGCCGCGGGUCUGACUUCGCGGACGUGGCGGUCGUGCUCGCCGAGCGCGAGCGCAAGCUCGCCGAGGCCGAGGCCCAGAUCCGCCGUGCCGGCGAGAGGGAGGCGCGGCUUCAGGCCGAGGUCCGCGCGUGGGAACGCAGGGCCACCGAGCCCGAGGCGCUCCUCCCCGCCGACGUCCGCGGGCCCGACCGCACGGCGGCCAGCGUGGGCGACCAGGAAGGAGUCGAGGCCCAGCAGGUCGGAGCGCACGUCAUCAGCAGGGCCAGCGAGAUGGAGGUCGCCCCACUGGAUUGCACGCCCAGUGCAGUUGAGGCCGCCGCCGACUUGCCCAGGCUGAGCCCGCUGAGGACGACUGCCGCCGACGCACUCCUAGCUCCAUCGCUGCAACGUGAAUCAGAAUGCAAUAAAGAAAACGAAGUUUCAGGGAACAGUGGUCAUGGAUAUGCAACUGUGUCUCAGGGGAAUGUCUGCGUCGACAAGGGGAAGGGACAGGCUAAAGAGGGCUAUUUUGCUGAUGCUACAAGUGUGGCGUCUGAGCACAGUGAUGAUGAUGACUGGAUAGAACACUUAACAGAGAGCCAACAAUGGGAGGUGUUAAACACGUUUAAAGCUCAAGUUUCUGCUUGGGAGUCCGAAUUAAAUACUUCUACAGAUGGUUGCAUGCCCACAAGAACUGCGCAUGAAGGAAAGAUUGUCGAUGAGUCCGAGGCUCAUGUGAGAAGUGAAGCCACCGAGGCACGGCUCCAGGAUGAGAUAGUUGUGUGUGAGCGCAAGCUACUCGAGGCCUCUAAGACCGAAGAACGUCUUCGUGCUGAGAUCAUGGUGUGCAAGGAAAGGGCUAAUGAGACUGAGGUACGUCUCUGGGCAGAGAUCCAGACACGCGGCAGUGCCAUCACAGACCUCGAGGCCUGGAAGAGCUGCGCUGAAGAGGCCCAAAGACAGACCCUCGCGGCCUCCAAGAUCGUGGAACGUCUCCGUGCUGAGAUGAUGGAGUGCAAGGAAAGGGCCAAUGAGACUGAGGUACGUCUGUGGGCAGAGAUCCAGGCACGUGGCAGUGCGGUCACAGAUCUCGAGGUCUGGAAGAACUGCGCUGAAGAGGCCCAAAGACAGGUCCAUGCAGCCUCCAUGAUAGAGGCACGGCUCCGAGAUGAGAUCGCCGCAUGCAAGCGCAAGGCCACUGAAGCUGAGGCUAGCCACCGGGCAGAGAUCAAGGCUUGCGAGGACAAAGCAGCUGCUGCCAUCACGGGCCUUCAGGACAAGAUCGUUGCGCUGGACGGUUAUCACACCGCAAUUCAGAAUGGCCUCCGUAUUACCAUCCAAGCGAUGGAAGUCGCGAUCCAAUACUUGAGCGGGUCCGGGCCUAGCUUGAGUGACGAGGUCGAGGCCAUGAGAGCCCAGGACGACAGCAACAUGCAGCGACAUGGGGACGAGCAGAGAGUGAGUGGGCGUGAGCACACUGAUCCUGCUGCUGCCUCGUCUUCCCAUGCACAAGCGAGUGGACAACAGUGA